CACCAGUCGUUGCGUGACAAAGCGACCGCGGUCGCCGGUCGCCGGUCGCCGGUCGCGCUCCGCUCUACCGAUUUACCGAUUCGUCGCAAAAUCAGGAUUGAUUCCGGCCGAAGAGACGUACGUGACGCUCCACAACGCUCGGCGUUUUUGGAAUUAACUUGUCAUGUAUCACAUGGCACGCAUGUAUUUUCAUCACUUACAAACGUGUAGUUCCCAGCUGUCAAUUUGCACUUUUCUCAUAUACACACCGCUAGUAAAUAGUACAAUAUAUAGUUUACAAUAUGCUACCGCGUAAUGCAAACCUGAAAAAUUUUCUAGAUAGAUGCGAGAAAAAAUUUUUCUUUCGAAAGACAAAUUCCUGACAUAACAUUUAUAUGGAAAUUCAAUUAAUAUCAACUUUUUGAAACAGAUUUAGAAGUCAGAUGAAUUUUAUUACGUUUUAGUAAAGUAUUCCAAAUAACGAUUUUUAUCUAAAAAGAUAACGCUGGACAGUAUUUUAAUAUUAGUGUUGAAAUUUAUUAUUAAUUUAACGAACAUAUGUACUUUUACAGGUAAGAAUAAUGAUAUUGAUAAAUUAUGUAAGAAUAAUAUAACGACAAAAUGAAUGAAAAGUAAUUAGAAUUGUUUUAAAAUUGAAAAACGAUUAUCGCUCGGAGGCAUCGCGAUUGCCAUGAUUAUCUAGCCCAUUAUAAUAGCUUUGACGAAAGUAGCGCGAUGAGACUUGCGUUUCAAUCGACUUGCUUGCGUCGGUCGAUAAUUCGCCGAUUAAAUUGACGCCGGAUGUAACGUUGGCUGGGUGACGCGCGUAACUCGUACGUCCGUGUAUGUAAGUAUGUAACGUCGACCUUUCUUGAAGCUAUUACGAGGGAAUUACAGGCUAGCUGCGCGUGGCCCGCAGCCAGCUCUGAUCGCGUCUCGCGCGUUUCGCGCGCGCUGGUUUUAUGCCGACUCUUCGAACGAUUUUUUAAACGGUAACUGCCUAUUCUUGCGAGCGACGUUUCACGUGGGCACGGCGUAUACAUUUCGCGACAACGAUUUAAUUAAAUUUAAUUUAUUGCGUAAAAACAGCAUGCCUUAAAAAUACAUAGAGAUUAUAAUAUUCAAAGUUAGAAUUACACAAUUGCCUAUAUGUUUAUGUAGGCGUCAGCGAUACUGCUGCCGUAAGGCCUAUCAGAGAGUAGAUGCAAAAGCAAGAACAAAGCGAAACAAAAUAAAAAGUAAAAUAAGUAAAAAUAUAUAAAUUAUAAAUAUAACAGAAUUACGCUACAAAAUUCUACGCUACUAUGAGAAACGUAAACAAUAAAUUACUAUUAAAUUAAUUGUAAAUAAGAUACAACUGACUGCAACCUGCACCAUUACACGCGAGUAGAUAUAAUAGAGGGAUAUUUGCAAGGUCCGCGGCAAAGAGAAUAAAGAAUAAAACUCCUAGAAUGUGGAUGACGUGGAGUCUUGUGGCACCUGAGAUGCAACGGUGCGAGGGGGAAGAGGUAGAAUACAGAGUGUACGAUAGGACGCGCUGGGAACGAUUGGUAAAGAUCGGUAAAGAUCCAAAAGAACGCAAAAAGGAAAUGGCAGGGAGCGAUAGACCACAAUGAUGCAGUUUGGCCAAAAGUAGCUUGGGAUUAUUAUAAUGGUAUCGAAUACUUUUGAAAAAUCCAGAGCAAUCAGUGCUAUCAAAAAUCUAACAUUAAAUCCGCUAAGUACAAUAUAUAUAUAUAUAUAUAUAUAUAUAUAUAUACAUAAAACUGCGAGACAACAACGCAACGCAGCCGCACUCUUUAAUUCCCGUGCGCGCGACAACCUGUUCCUGUUCAAAACUCGUUUUCCGCGCCGCUUGACGGGCACAAUUCUUGUCGACAAUUAAGAGAGGAUAUGCUCGUCUGCAGGAUUGAAACGAGGAUGAGAACGAGAUAGAAUGCAGGAGUUUAAUUAAAAACAAGUGUGGCGAUUCCCACUUCUCUUUUACAAGUGUUUCCUCAAAUAAAGCAAAACUAUCCGUUUGUGUGUUCGAACGAGGGAAAAGUAUUAUACGCAUAUAUGUAUAUGUCAUUUUUUAAAGCGAACGCGUGUGACGAUCGGGAAUGUGAAUCGAUGUAUAAAUAUUCGGAAUAAGAGACCGCGGCGUUCUUCUAUAUGAGAUUUUUUGCGAUUCUACACGCAACUCUUAUAUACAAAAUGUUUCAUUAGCAAGGGCAUCGUUAAAAUGUUAACUCGAAGCAAUAAUCUUCACAACAUUACGAUCUGACAGAUCUAGUCGAAAUUGGUCGAAAUAUACUAAGAAAAGAAACUCAACUAAAUGCGACAACAAAGUACGUUUCAUAUUUCAAAUUGUAUGUAUGUAUGUGAAAGAAAUCAUUGUGCUGCCUCUCGUGAAUCUUUUUAUCACGGACACACUCGAUCCGUUUGUGCGCGCGCGCACGCGUGGCAAGAAGCGAUUGGAGCGAACAAACUGUUAAGCUUUUGACGCGACCUCGUUAAACUGUAACCAAGUAUCCAUUCCGAUAACCCAACUCUUGGUUCUUACCGGCCGCCUCUCGACAAAGAUCGAUAAAGAAAUGUGCAAAGAGUGAUGGGGGGAAUAAGCGCGUGCUCUGGCUAAUGUUGCAUGUAUAGAAAACCAAGCGAGGAAUUCAACUCUCUCUCUCUCUCUCUCUCUCUCUCUCUCUCUCUCUCUCGUCUGCUGCGCUUGAAAAGUUAACGACUGCGCGAUUGAGUCAUCGAAUGCCGGAAAACAUUGCAGCCAAAGCCGAAAUCGCUCGUCACUGUUCAAUUCGUUUUUCCUUAUUACGAUCGUCAACCGGUCUUAUAUCAUGCUGCGGCAGUACGGCGAAACUGUCGAAACACUUGUAAAGAAAAUAUUACAACUUCGUUAUUAUUCCGUAACUUUGAUCUUAUACCGAGUCGUGUAUCCGCGACGUAUAUCUCGGUAAUUUUUUUUAAUUCUUAAUUUUUAUUUCUUCGACAUUUUCGCUUCAUGCACUGUUUCGUUUCUUCGGAUUUGCUUACGUGCCAACAUAGCUGCAUCUCCCCAGCGAGAGAUGAUUCGACUUAUCGAAUUAAAGUCCAAACCGACAUUGAUUUCAUUUUUAUUAUUAAUUUCUCGCUGGAUCCCAAGUACUUACAUUAAAAGUGAAAAUUUGAACGUGCGAACGUAUAAUCGCGAUUUAAUCCUAUCGAUUUUUUUCCUACAUAUUCAUGCAUGUAAAUGAGAAAAAUAUUUGUCGAUCGAAGAGAGGAGGAAAGGAGGAGAUUGGACAGUGAAAUUUUUCCGCUAACGAGGACUCCGACUCCAAGUUGGCGGCGCGCGGCGCCGUCUGGAGCAAAAGAGCCGCGUCGUCGUCGUCCUUUCGCUGUCGCAUUCGGCGCCUCGUUACGUCCGAAUCGUCUCUCGAAAUAUAUAAAAGCGCGUAUCUGGGGAGUCGCGGCGGCGGCGGCGGCGGCGGCGGCCGCGUGUUGUUCUUCUAAUAAAUCGGACAACUUUAGGAGCAUGCGGUGACUCGCGCGCCUGCGCGUCAGUAUCGUCCGUCGCGAGGCGUCCGCGAAAAAAUGGGGAUUCGCGCCUUUGGCGCGAAGCGAGUAUAAAUCGCUUCGCGACCACCGAAACGACGUGGGAUUUCACGGACACGGCGAGUACGAGUAAACGUUGUCGAUGACGGAAUUAAAAUAGAUGCAGGAGUAAAUUAUCGAACCGGUCACAUGGCGACGGCGCGCGGCGCGCGGCGGCGCGCGGCGGCGCGAUUCUUUUUAGUGGGAGAUGCUAAAAUUAGAGGUGCCCACGCGAGAGUAGCCGAGUUUUGUAGCCGCGGCGCUUCCUCCUUCCAACGUAUAUAUUUCUAAAUAGUCCUUUCAACCGAUAAGACGAUUCGCUCUUCGCUCCUUCGCAGUAGCGCCUCGCGAGAACCGCCAAAGUUGCAGCAUGAUUAUGGCCCACGGUCAUAAUCGUCGUAAUCGCUCUACCAGCUGGCAAGCGCUAAACCAACAUUUUGCGACCCUUCUUCGACCUUCUUAAACCUUUCGGAGAGAAGAGAUGCCCACUCGUCGUCGAUCGAUAAUCGUUCGAUCGUUUGCCAGAUAUCUUUUCGCGGUAUGCAUCGCGGUGUCGCUGUCGACGAGUCUCACGAAAGUUGAAGGCAGAAAGUGCGUGUGUACGAGCAAAGCCUGCAUAGAGGCUAGAAUCGAUACUUGUAGAACGAGAUUCUUCUGCUACACCGAACUUAUCGCGACAACUGGACAAGAAAUCGGUGAAAGUACGAUUACGAGAGGAUGCACGGAGGGUGCCACGCCAUUGUUGUGCGAAACAAAGUCCUGGGUCAUGAGGUCGCGAUCGCUCAACGUCGUGGAACUGUCGGCGAGUCCCAGGCGCCGGCGUCCGGUUCACGUGCCUUGGCCCAGAUUGAUAUGUUGCAACAGUCAUGACUACUGUAACGCUGCAGGCGGCGACGACGACGACGACGACGACGACGAUGACGUUAACGCGUGGACACGCGAGAGAAAAGAGGAUGGAAUAAAUGAAAUGCGUUCUACGAUGGAUCGUGAGACGCCCAUGAUCGGUCCGACAACCUUGUCAACGAAUCGCGAUACAACGUUAAUGUUGCAGCCUGAUCGAAAGCAUAGGGAUCCGACGGAAUCGGCCAACCAACUUCUCCGGAAUCGCAUCAGGACGCUGCACAUUGCCGCUCUCGUCCUUUCUGUCGCAGCCCUCAUGUCCAUCUUGGCAUCUUGUUACGUGGUUACAAGUCGCUUUUCUACGAUGCCGAUCGGUUCUCUCGCUGCGCUAACUUCCAAAGCGACUGUCUCAUUGCGGAGAUCGCGUAUUUUGGCUGUGUAUUGAGGGGUUAAUAGCGAUAACUAUAGUUGCGGCUACGUUGAUUUGUAAUUUGUAAAAUAAAAUACACGAUUUAAAUUAUAGCGGCGUUUAAAAUAAUUAAUAUUUUAGCGGUCAAUCGCGUGUGCAAGAUAACUUGCAAACGAUUCCGAAAGUAACAGAUAAAAUUAUAGAUAGCAGACAAUUCAUCUUUAGGGUUGCUUCGCCGACGUCCGAUACUGUCCUGAACCUCCUCCUCCUUCUCCUCCUCCUCCUCUUCUCUCGUUCAGGUCUUCCGUGGCACGACACUCGUUGGCGAAAACACCGAUUAAUUACACAUCACGGAAAAGAAUAGAAAAGAACGAUCGCGCGCGGCACUUCGUAUGUAGUACAUACAGCACUCCCGACGUUCACGUCACAAUCACAAAAUAUUUACUUAAUUGUAUUACGACGAAAAAAUCAAAGCGUCAUCAUACGCGCGCGAUUAAGAUAAGAAGCUAUUUGACGUUUCGAUACUUUCGAUCUGCGGCCUUUCGUUAGUAAUAAUUCAAAAACGAAGUCGGCGGAUUUAACCUGGAAUUACACAAUACAACGUGAUUAAUAAAGCGGAAUUAAUAAUAAAUUGAAACGCAACGGACCAUUUAAAAAUACAAGUACAUGAUUCAGUUGCCCGCGAAAUAAGUUAAUCGUUAAUAUUUAAAUUGAAAUUCUUUGGAAAUACGAAUAUUAUUGAGUGAUACAUAUCACUCUUGACUUCCUAAAUCCGUUUAAAUCCGUUUAAAUUCGUUCGUGGAUUCAUGCAUUCAUACUCCGCGUUUCCAAUUCGAGUAGUCAGUAGUGGACUGAUUAUAUUGAAAUUGAGAAAUCCAAAGCAUGACGUUAUGUAAUGCAGAUCCAAAUUUAAGCGUUAUACAUAUAUAGGAAUGAUUAUCAUUGACAAACAUUACGACAAAAUAGAUCAAAUUAUUAUUGCUUAUCGCUUUGAUUUACAUAAAUAUUUUAAACGGACAAAUACUUUAAAUAGAUAAAUUGUAUAAAAUAUUUGCUUCGCUAGAUAGUUCAGGCUUAAUCACAAAAGUUAAUAACUCGACAACCGCUAAUUGUAGUACAUACAUACGAGUACAUGCGAAACGGAGAACGAUCGCGUUUCGCGAGAUAACACAUGGAGCGAGAUAACUCACCUGCUCACUCGCAUCUCGGAACGCGAAUCGAAUAGCGCGGCGAUCUUACGUUGAUACAGCGCACAAGAGCAAUAAACUCCAAAGGCAUGUGUGAAAUACAGUUUACAGCAUUUAAUUUAGCGUAAAUUUUUAGUUUUUAUUUGCCUAUUUCUUAAGCAUUGUACGAUUUUGUUCACCGAGUUAUUCAUUGAAGUAAAAUAAGGCUAUUUUUAUUUCAAUGUUGAAUAACUCGGUGAAAAAAUAAUCGUACAAUGCUGAACAAAUACGCAAAUUAAAGGUAAAGAUUCGUGCUUUUGAAUGCUGUAAACUGCAUUUGUGUGCAAUUUUUAUUUCACACCGUGGAGUUUUGCAAAUUUCGUAAAGAAUCUGUCAAACGUCAAAAUUCUAUACAAAUUUUGCAAAGUUUCACGGCGUGAAAUGACAAUGGCACACAAAUGCGGUUUACAGCAAUCGAAAGCACGAAUCUUUACCUUUAAUUUGCGUGUUUGUUGAACGUUGUACGAUUUUUUAUCGAAGCAAAAGGAACUAUUGUUGCUUCAGUGUUGAAUAACUCGGUGAAUAGUACGCAAAUUAAAGGUAAAGAUUCACGCUUUCGAACAUUGUAAAUUGCGUUUGUGUGCGAUUUUUAAUUCACGUUAAAUAAACUCGCAAAGUUUGUAACGUAUGCUUUUCCACAUAAAAUGCUUUUUAAAAAAUGUUAUUAUAAUUUAUCAUUUUUGUCGAUGUUACACUCUCUUUUGGAGAGUAACUGUAAGUGAUCCUUUAAUUUUGCUGUUGAUUGCUUACUCAAUUUUUACUGAAGUCGAUAUUUGAACUUUGUAAAAAAUAAUUGUAAAACGAUCUUUCUGGGUUCAUUUGAAAGGGCGAAACCUUUCGAGUGUUUCAGUUGAUUUUUCUCAAAGAUUCUUGUACGUCUAGAAAAUAAAGUAGGAUAGGUACAUUUAAGAAAGAUUUUAAAAAAUCAAAAAUUUUGCAAAUUAAAUUUUUUUAUAAUGCAAUAAAACAUUGAAAAUAUCGUGAA